CAAGGUCAGUGUGGUUGAUGAGGGAUGUGCACUCUACUGCCCGGGUGCCUCACAGAGAUUCUCCCUUCAUUCCGUCUGGAGUUGGGGCUGGGCACGUGGCUCAGAUCCAGUUCAUCCCUCCAGUCGACAAUCACUGCUGAGCGAUCCUGGAAGCUAAUGUCAGAAGAAAGUGACUCUCUGCGAACCAGCCCCUCCGCGGCCUCACUCUCCGAGAAUGAGCUGCCGCCGACCGCCGAGCCUGCUGGCUAUGUGUGCUCGCUGACCGAGGAACUGGUCACCAAAGCCAGGGAGGAGCUGCAGGAGAAGCCGGAAUGGAGACUUCGCGAUGUCCAGGCCCUCCGUGACAUGGUGAGGAAGGAGUACCCGAACCUGAGCACCUCUCUCGAGGAUGCCUUCCUGCUGCGCUUCCUCCGAGCCCGCAAGUUCGACUACGACCGGGCCCUGCAGCUCCUCAUCAACUACCACAGCUGCCGGAGAAGCUGGCCCGAGGUCUUCAGUAACCUGCGGCCCUCGGCCUUGAAAGAGGUCCUUGCUUCUGGAUUCCUCACCGUGCUGCCCCACACGGACCCCCGGGGCUGCCACAUCCUCUGCAUCCGCCCAGACAGAUGGAUCCCAAACAACUAUCCGAUUACGGAAAACAUCCGAGCCAUAUACCUGACAUUAGAAAAACUCAUUCAGUCUGAAGAAACCCAGGUGAAUGGGAUUGUAAUUCUUGCAGACUACAAAGGAGUGAGCUUAUCAAAGGCAUCUCAUUUUGGCCCUUUUAUAGCCAAAAAGGUGAUUGGCAUCCUUCAGGAUGGGUUCCCCAUUCGGAUAAAAGCAGUGCAUGUGGUGAAUGAACCUCGAAUAUUUAAAGGCAUCUUUGCCAUCAUAAAACCAUUUCUGAAGGAGAAAAUAGCAAACAGAUUUUUCCUACAUGGGUCUGACCUGAACUCUCUGCACACAAACCUUCCAAGAAACAUUCUCCCCAAGGAAUACGGGGGCACAGCUGGAGAGCUGGACAUCACUGCUUGGAACGCCGUCCUGCUGGCCUCGGAAGAGGACUUUGUGAGAGAGUUCUGCCAGCCUGUCCCUGCCUGCGACAGCAUCCUAGGCCAGGCCCUGCCGCCCGAGGGGCUGACCUCAGAUGCGCCGUGUGAUGACUCCAUGCGGGCUGUGAAAUCACAGCUGUACUCCUGCUAUUAGUCAGUCCCCUGUGAAUGUCACCGUCUUUAAAACCUUCCCUUCUUUCUCUGGAGAGGCACACGGGGAGUUUGAGGUGCCAUGGAUUGUCUUGCUCCUUGUAAUUAAACUUCAGUGUGGAGGAAAAGCCUAUAGAGCUCUAAGGUGAGCCGUGAGUGAGCCCGUGGUUACUUGAAUUACUCUAUGGAAGAGAUGGAGAAGGUCUCCUAGUGAUUCUAGACAUUUGGAUUCCCAGUGUGCAACCACCAUUCAUCUGGAAGCCGUAUCUGGUUCUUACAUAUCUCAAGGCAAGAAAAAUCAGGACCAAAGUUGUUUUGGUCCCACGUUCCAGGAGAAAAUCACCAGGCUGGUCCGUCAGCACACUCCUGUGAAAGAGUUUGGCUGAGCCUGCAAGGCGGCCAUACAUGAGACCACGGGCAUUUGUGUCUUUCACGUGAGCCCUAACUACGGAUCUUGGUUGCUCAUCAAGAAACUUAAAGUUGGUGGUCCAGGCCUCGGUUGCCAUCACUGGGUCUGGAAAGCACCUUCACUGAAUCAUGCUAGCAUCCAGACAGAAGCAGCACUCCCGGAUCAAAUUUGGGAGCCAGGGACUCCAAGCCCUUCUGGGAUUCAUCGGCUGACUCUUGCAAUAGAAACUUAAGUUUACCCAAACCCAUACAGCCUUAGUCCUGGUUCUCAAUAGAAUCAUACAUGAUCCUAGAUGUCCGUGAUUUUACUCAACCUGAAACACUGGAUGCUAGGCCUGUGUAGCUAAAAGAAUUCUAGCUUAAGAAUUAAGAGGCCUAGGCCCCCGCCUCAGAUGUGUGACUGUGGACAAGACAUCAGCCUCCGUGGGCCUCAGCUUUCUCAUCUGUGAAGUGAGGCUGGAUGAAGUGAUGCCUAGGGCCCUUUUGGCUACUCUCCAGAUUCUGGGAUUUGGCUUAGUUAUUUACUGAAUAUUAGACAUCGGUUUUCUGCCCAGAAAGAUGACUCUCCAGAUGAUUCCAGUGUUUGGAUCCUGUUUUUUAUGGUACACACGGGCCUUUCCAAGAGGGAUGUGUCACUUUGGGGCCCUGCCUUUAGAGAAACUAGUAUGUAUAUUCGUGGGACUCAGCAAUACCCACUUUCUUUUCAUCGUGAGGGUUAAACUUGAUAAAGAUGGCCUUGAUGAGAGCAAGUGAGAUGCCCAGCAUCUUGUAUGAAUUCCAUCCAUCCCUCAGGCUCUGGCACUACAUUUUAAACUCGGUAAUGGUGAAUGAUUAAAUUACUCGGGAUUCUUAAAUUUUGGCCUCUGGGAAUGAACACAAGGGUAUAUAUUAUUCUGGGGACCCCCACCCCACCCCCACCCCUGGCCCAAACCUGCUUGAGUUUCUCUCUCUGGUGUCCAGCCAGACUGAAUGUUAGUUCUGCAUUUCAGCACUUUAGACUCCUCCCGUCACGAAUUUAGCCUUAGCCCAAGCACCAAAUUAGGUGGUUCACCUGUUGGCUUUUGACCUAUUUCCUUUCAUACUCAUUCCAUGCAAAUUGUGACGUUAAAAAGUGACAGGUAAAGCGAGUUGUGUAUGUACCUUCUCUGUGCAUUUGUUAGACCAGAAGGCAAGGUAGAUGGCUCAGUUAGGACUGGAGCAGUCCUCUGAAAUUCAAAGGUCAGUCUGUUGUUAAUAAGCUGUUCAUCUCUCUUUAGCACUUUUUUAAAUGUCUGGAGAAGUUGUUGGUGGAAAUUACUGUACCUCAUUAGUGCCAAUUCUGGGGAAAACUUUUCACCAUAGAUACUAGCCCUGGAUGCUCUAGGGACCUGGCUGAGUUGGAAGUGUCAAAAUGCACACCCCUGGCUGUCUCUAGUCCCAUCUGACAAUGAUAGUGUGACCAGCAUUUUGCUGAAGGUCUAAACAGGACAAGUGGGAUGGCUAUAGUAGAGGGUGCUGAAUCCAACCAAAGAGGACAGAGAGGUUAAAAAACAAAACAAAACAGAGAGACAUAAAUCAUUCAGCCCCACCAAGUUUCCACGGUUUAAACUGCAUUGCCUUCCUGGCCAAUUGCCUUUAUCUCUGUGUCUUAACACAGGGAUGGACAAGCUCACCUAGAGAAAUUUCUCAAACACCAGGAUGUUGCCCACUUUCCGAGCUUUUCCGGUUGGACCAAGGAGCUAUUUCAUUCAGCUUCUGAGAGGAGUUAGCGCAAGGGUUGUCUGCCUUCGGGAGUUGCUGUUUUAUUUUGGCUCCAGAGAGAUCAAAUGGUUUUGGCACCUCAGGGGGUUUCAAACAGGCUGUGAAACAAGGACCUCCCUGGGUAGAAAACAUGGCAGUCCCCGCAUGGCUUCACCAGGCAUCUGUACCCAGUUGCCCCCGCGGGUGGGGCAGUGACCAUGGGAGCACCCCGGGAGCUUCACUCAGUAGGGACACGGUGACAGAGUUAAGUGAACCCCACGAGAAUUGUGUUUUCCUUCAGGUAAAAGUUCUGACCCAUUUCACAAACAGCUGAAAAUUAACUUUUCCCUAAAUUCAGGGUAGUGUGGUGUGGGUGAGGGAAAUAAAAGUAAACCAGGGGACCUGAGUUCCAGCUUUACUUUGCCAUGUGGCCUCGGAUCAGCCACUGAACACCCCAAAUCAUCAUGUAAUAAAGGGGAACUACACUCUGAGCCCUGAACUCUCUGUUCCUAUCAUCAGAGGCUUUGUUCUUUUCCCCCUCAAUCUGGGUUAUUCUUUAGGAAAUUUAGGUCUGAACGAAUUGAUAGCUGAAGCUUCCAAAUGAAUCUGUAAGCUUAAGUAAAGGCGAGGAUGUCCCUCUUCUACUCAGAAUUCUGGAAAAUUGUGCUUCUUCCUGGAAUCCUAUCCUACCUUCAAGAGCAGAGGCUGGAAGAAAUCUACAGAAAUAGCCGGGAGUGCCACCCUGGCUUCCCAAGUUUCUUAUUUGUCUUGGCAAAGGUGGCUCUAGCACCCUCACACUUCAUCCCACUUUCACAAGGAGCCACCUGUCCUUAAAGGUGGACUGACACUUCAGUUCACAAGAUACUACAUUUUGUCAGAAAUAGAGUCAGGGUAAUAAAAGAUGUUUUCCCUGAAUUUCUAUGAGCUACUUAGCCUUUCAGAAUUCUCCCUGGGUGCGCAGUUGCUUUAAAUGCCAUCUGAUUCUGAUCAUUCAUAGGGUUGCUUUUUCAUUUGGGUAGGAAAAGUUAUAGGACUGUUGUGGCAUUAUUGUAAUACCUCGUUUUAAGUUUUUCCUUUGAAACCUCUUCUUUCCUUUAGGAAGUAAGAUGUUUGGUAAGCUAAUGACAUAAGUGUGGCUGGCCUGUGGCAUGAGGGUGUGGAUACCAAACACGAACAUAUCAACUGCAGGAAGGUUGUCAGUUCUGGUCACACCUUUCAGUAUUGGGAUCUGUGAAUUUUGUAAAUCUCAAGAUUUUGCGUUCUGCUUGCCUGACUCCGAAAUGGUUUGCUUGAACUACAAGUAAUAAACAUCAUCAGAGUCAGAUAUUCUUCCUUUAUAGAGCUUGCUUGGUGGGAAGGCCCGGCGGCUUUGUGGAUGGAGAUGCUGGUGACCUUUUUACUCUUUGCCGAUUAGCUGCUCUUCCUUUCAUCUCACUGGGUGCCACGUUGUCAGGCAGUUAAGAGGCUGCCACUGGAAUUCUUGUGGAUGUCGGCUUCUUUGGCAUAUCAAGUGGAACCUGCUACAAGUGAAAUACUUGAAACUCCUCUGAGGCCAAGAGCCUCUGACAUCACUCUGAAGGGGUGAAAGCUGGACUAACUAGCUGACCAGACUGGACCGCCAUUUCAGCCACUGGUUGCAUUCCUCGCUUCAAACUGAAAUUUCAGUUUGGCUUCAAGUAUAGGGACACAUGGUGAUGGAUUCAUCUACUUCAGUGUUUGUUUUGACCAAAAGUUUAUUUUUCUAGUGUAUUUUCUAAGUCAAAAUGGUGGAAACACGUAAUUUUAGUAUGCAUGACUGGGUGUUAAAUAAUAAAAAUCUCUGUCAGGUUGA